GAUCAAGCGAGGGGCCGUCGUUAAAAGUUACGUUCGGUAACGUACUAAAACGUUUUAUCGGACUAGGUUUCUUUUCGUGGGUGUAACGUUUUAUUGCGUUUUAUUAAGAAAAGUCUGAUUCUGUUUCUUCAGUGGUCUGGUUUUGACUAAGUGUGCUCUGAUCUGUUGUUAGUCAUGGACCGAUCAAGUAAACGUCCUGCUGGUUGCUCAUCUUCGUGGGCCCAGAAGAAAAAGCACAGUAGAGAUACACCUGUUUCCGAAUUUAAAGAAGUAAAUUUCAGUCAGAUAACUGAGUCGAUGAAAGAGUGGGACAUUAUAUUUUUGUGUUGUGACACUCUGUUGAAAGAUUCUCCUGACGGGAGGUACAAAAUUCUUAUUGUUUGUUGUAUGGACGUAUCAUGUUCUUUUUUCAAGUUGACGGCCAUGGGCAGCAAAGGGGAAGAGUAUUUCGGUUUGUUAGAGAUUGGGAAAACCUACAUGUUGAAAAAUGGUGUGGUUGUGAGGAAAGGUGGCCGUGAGUCAAGUUAUUCGUGGAUGAUUGAAAAUCAUUUUGAUUUGAAAACUGAUGCUCAUUCCAGUAUCACUUUUAAUUCCAAAGGAGGUGUACCUGACAUGGUGUAUAAGUUUGUCCCGUUGGAAAGCAUUGCAUCAAUCAAUGAUGGUCAAAUAAUAGAUACAUUUGGAUAUGUUUGUCAUAUCGGUGGCAUGACUACCAGUGUUUAUCAUGAAUCAUUUGGUGAUAACAUGUUGGUAAACAUGACUAUUGGCUGUACCAAUGAAACCAGAUUGCUUAUUUCAGGCAUGGGUUACCGUCGUGGAAAUUGGUUUGAGCGAUCUGGAAUUCAGGAGGAUUCAAUUGUGGCUAUCAAAGGGGUGAGGAUUGAAAGGAGAGUGGAAGGAACCCAAGAUUGGAUUGGUCAUCUUUUUGAUGAUUCCUCAUGUGUGGUGAAAGAGUUGUUACCGGAAGCUCAUGAUAUUUUGAUGAUGAAGCAAGAUGAUAGUAGUGAGCAGGUUGGUGAGUGUAAUGCUGGUCAAGUAACGUCAAAAGUGGAGGAAGGAAGUGGUGAGAAAGAGUUGCCAGUGGGUUUGAAGGUGGUUGAAGGAGCCGAUGAAGUCUGUUUGAAGGAUGGCGAUAAGGAGAAACAAGGUGGUAGUUGUGGAGUGGUGUCGCUUUCUGUUGUCGACAGAAACGAAAAUAGUUCAGAAGAGAAUCGCUUUUCAUGUCCAGUUUCUGGAAAGAAAACGGAUGUUCCAAAAUGAGUUGUGUGAUAUAUCUCAUCAACGGAAAUUUAAAAUUAAUGUUUCAAUGAAAAAGACGCGUAACGCAUGUUCAACAUGUGUUAAUGAAUAUAGAAAUGUUUGUGUUUGUUGGACUGCGCUAUUUCAACUGAAUAAAGAUUGAUUGUGUUCAUUUCCAA